GACACUAGAAGCGCUAGUGGGAACUUGUUUCCAUAGGUUGCGUGGAAGAACGGGGAAGUGUCCUGUAUUGUCUCUAUAGUAUUUAUUUCAAUUCAGUCGUAGCAUUUCUCGUGACACGCUUUGGCGAGUAAAGUUCAUACCCAGAGUUGGCACGCCCUUUUCAGCCGCUUACAUAGCAGAGCCCUUCUGCCUCCACCCAACCGCUGUUGGAAUAUCAAGAAAAACUAGUCGAGUAAGUACUAUGGUCAUAUAAAUGUUGCCACUACGACAGAGUAAUUACCUCAUUACCGUCCUCUCGGUAGUUGAAUAGCGUGUUAGUACAGUAGUCGACAAAGAGGCUAGUGCACAAGGUCAAAAACUGGACACUGUUAACCAAGAGGUUAAUUUUUGAGUUGCUUGGAAGUUUUAGUGACGAUCAAAAGACCUGUAGUAUUUUUGUGUAAGGGAUAGUUCUGCCCCUAUUAUCACUAUUUCAUAAAAUUGAAAAUGUCCGCAACAUUGUUAUCAUCUUUGCCCUUUUGAAGAAUUGUAAGUCUCAUGCAAUCUAUUGACACCAUUCUUACUGAUUGCGAUGGUGUUUUAUGGCUUGAAAAUUUCGUUAUAGAUGGUUCUCCAGAAACAAUUGAUUUGUUACGAAAAAUGGGCAAAAAAGUAUAUUUUGUAACAAAUAACAGUACGAAAAAUAGAAAUGAAUUUCUUGGAAAGUUAGAAAAAAUGGGUUUCACUGCUUCACAGGAUGAGGCAUUAUGCACUUCUUACCUCACAGCAUGUUACUUCCAAGAAAUUGGUUUUAAAGGAAAAGCUUAUGUAAUUGGUGAAAAAGGACUUUGUGAAGAAUUGCAGAAAGUGGGAAUAACGCAUCCUGAAAUUGGGCCAGAUGUGGUUAAUACUGGGUUGGUAGACCUCGUGGGAGGUUUCAAAAAGGAUCCUGAAAUUAAAGCGGUUGUUAUUGGAUUUGAUUUACAUUACAAUUUUGUUAAAAUGCUAAAAGCAUGUAGCUAUCUGAAAGAUCCCAAUUGUAGUUUUAUUGCCACAAAUACUGAUGAGAGAUUUCCUAUGAACACUGAGAAUGUAGUGCCAGGAACAGGAUGCAUAGUAGCAGCAGUUGAAAAAUGUGCUGGUAGAAAUGCUGUCAAAAUUGGCAAACCAAAUGAUUUUUUACGCGAAGUGCUGAUCAAACAUCACAAUGUUGAUCCAAAAAGGACAUUGAUGAUAGGAGACAGAGGAAAUACUGAUAUUUUGUUAGGCACGCGAUGUGGCUUUAAAACUCUUUUGGUUUUAACUGGAGUUACAAGUCUUGAAGAAGUACACGAGUGGCAGAAAUCUGAUGACCCCGAAGUGCAAAAAUGGGUGCCGGAUUUUUAUCUUGAUAGAUUAAAAGAUCUGUCUGGUCUUCUCAACAAAUGUAUAUGUUCUACACCGGACAGCACUAGUAAAUCAUAGAAUUUCUAAAUUUAUUAUGGAAAUAUUUGUAAUGGUAUUUAAAUUUUAAAUAAAAUAGUUCAAUGUUA